AUGAGGAAUCCUGGUGGUAGUUCUUUCGUAGAGCUAGAAUUUUGUUCAUUCAAUGUUGAUGAUGAAGACUACAUGGGUUAUGAUUACAGCAUUAUAGGCCAGCUGUCUGAAGUGCGGAUUGUUUAUUUGAAUCGCUUUAUCCAAGAGAUUGUCAGUUACUUUAUGGGUCUUGUUCCAAACAGUUCUAAUGAUGUUGUCAGAAUAAACGAUCAAGUUACAAACUCGGAGAAGUGGUUUACAAGAAGUGAGGUUGAAGGAUCGCCUGCUUUAAAGCUGGAUCUUUCUCUAAGAAAGCCUAUAAUUUUAAUGCCUCGAAGGACUGAUAGCCUUGAUUAUUUGAAGCUCGAUGUUGUUCACAUCACUGUCCAAAACAGGUUUCAAUGGUUUUGUGGUAGUAAAAGUGAAAUGAAUGCUGUACACAUGGAAAUAUUAACAAUCUCUGUCAAGGACAUCAAUUUAAAUGUGGGUGCUGGCUCAGAAUUGGGUGAAAGUAUAGUCCAAGAUAUCAAUGGAGUUUCAAUUGUUAUACAGCGAUCGCUGAGGGACCUAUUGCAUCAAAUCCCUAGUAUCGAAGUUGCUAUCAAGGUUGAAGAAUUAAAAGCUGCUCUAUCAAGCAGGGAGUAUGAGAUAAUUGCAGAAUGUGCGCAGGAAAAUCUUUCAGAGACUCCUAAUGUUGUGCCUCCUCUAAUAGAUGACGCCUCAUCAUCUUCAGCUGUCAAGACACAACAUUUAUCAGUGAGAAAUUCUGAUGCUGUUAAAUCUGAAGCUGAAGAUAAAGAUAAGUGGAUUGUAACCAAGGUCUCUAUUGCUAUUGAUCUGGUUGAGCUUGGUCUUCACUAUGGAUUGACAAGGGAUGCAUCGCUUGCCACGAUGCAGGUAAGUGGUCUGUGGCUUCUCUACAAAUCCAACACAGCAGGAGAAGGCUUUCUGUCUUCGACACUCGAAGAUUUCACUGUGAUGGAUAAUCGUGAAGGUAUAGAACAGGAACUCAGGUUGGCAAUUCGGAAGCCUGAAACAAUUGGGUACAAUCCUUCACAGUCAGUGACUGAUGCUGGUGAAUAUGCUGGCAUGUCCUUCAAUACAAGUAGUGACAAGGACAUGAAACUCGUACCUGCAAUGGUUAUUCUUGAUGCAAGAUUCUAUGAAAAUUUGACAUCUUUUUCUCUCUUCAUUCAAAGGCCACAACUGCUAGUUGCACUUGAUUUUCUGCUUGCUGUUGUUGAGUUCUUUGUACCAAAUGUUCGAAGUAUGCUGGCAAACGAUGACCAUGGAAGUUCUGCUCAUGCUGUAGAUGCUGUUAUUCUUAAUGACUCAGUUUAUAAUCAGCCUUCUGCUGAACUCUCACUUUCUCCUCAGAGACCUUUGGUUGCCGAUGAUGAAAGUUAUGACCUUUUCACAUAUGAUGGCAGAGGUGGAACUUUGUUUUUGCAAGAUAGGAGAGGACAAAAUCUCUCUUCUCCGAGUGAAGAGGCUGUAAUUUAUGUUGGAAGUGGAAAGAAGUUGCAAUUUAAGAAUGUUAAGAUCAAGAAUGGAAAAUAUUUGGAUUCAUGCGUUUUACUUGGAUCCAAUAGCAGCUAUUCUGCUUCAGAGGAUGAUGGAGUCUUCUUUGAUGAAGCUUCAUGUGAAGGACCAUCAGAAGAUGAUUCUGGAGUGACCGUAGAUGCUGUGCCAUCUCAGAAUACUAAUGUCAGCAGAUCUGCAGAGUUUAUAUUUGAGCUGAAGGCUAUUGGUCCAGAGCUUACCUUCUAUAAUACAUCAAGAAGUGUGGGAGAGUCUGCUGCCCUUUCGAACAAAUUAUUGCACACGCAGUUGGACGCCUUCUGCAGGAUUGUUCUAAAAGGUGAUACCUUUGACAUGAAUGCAAAUGUUCUUGGAUUAACUAUGGAGAGCAAUGGAGUUAGAAUAGUGGAACCUUUUGAUACCUCUGUGAAGUUCUCUAAUGCUUCCGGAAAGUCAAAUAUACAGUUGGCUGUCUCCGAUAUUUUUAUGAACUUUUCAUUCAGCAUCUUAAGACUGUUUUUGGAAGUUGAAGAUGAUAUUUUGGCAUUUUUGAGGACCACAUCAAAGAAAAUGACGGUGGUGUGCUCCGAGUUUGACAAAAUUGGGACAAUCAAAAGUCCGUCUAACCAGAUAUAUGCUUUCUGGAGAGCUCGUGCUCCGCCUGGUUAUGCAACAGUUGGUGACUAUCUGACACCAACCGACAAGCCACCCACAAAAGGAAUCAUUGCUGUGAAUACCAGCUUUGUCAGAGUAAAGAGGCCAGAGUCUUUCAUGCUUAUUUGGCCCUCAUCCUCAUACAAGGAUGGUGAAUUGGGUACAACCACAUGUUUAUCUGAAGAAGAUAGCACCUGUUCCAUUUGGUUCCCUAAAGCACCUAAAGGUUAUGUUGCAGUGGGCUGUGUAGUCUCUCCUGGAAGGAUGCAACCUCCAAUAUCGUCAGCCUGGUGCAUCUUAGCUUCUUUAGUUUCACCAUGUGAUCUGAGAGAUUGUGUUAAUAUUGACAUUAUGAGUAGAUCUUCCAACUUGGCAUUCUGGCGUGUGGAUAAUUCCAUUGGUACCUUCCUGCCUUCUGAUCCAACUACUUUGGAGUUGUGUGGCAGAGCAUAUGAUCUUCGGCAUAUUUUCUUUGGGCUUCCCAGAGAUUUCUCUGAAACAUCGAAGAGCUCAGAAACCGGGGCUUCCUCUAGUCGAAAUCAUGCAGUUCAAUCAGAGAGGUCAUCCACUGUAAACUCUGGUCGCAGGUCUGAAGCCAUUGCAACAUUUAGGUUAAUUUGGUGGAAUCAAGGUUCUGGAUCUAGAAAGAAAUUAUCUAUAUGGCGCCCUAUUAUUCCUCAAGGGAAGGUAUAUUUUGGUGAUAUUGCAGUUCAGGGGUAUGAGCCUCCAAAUACUUGUAUCGUACUUCAUGAUUGUGAUGAGCUUUACAAAGCCCCUUCAGAUUUUAAGCUUGUGGGACAGAUGAAGAAACAUAGAUCAGUUGAUAGUAUAUCUUUUUGGAUGCCUCAGCCUCCUCCAGGAUUUGUGUCCUUGGGUUGUAUAGCUUGUAAAGGUGCACCAAAGCAAUCUGAUUUUGACUCCUUAAGAUGCAUCCGCAGUGAUAUUGUUGCCAGUGAUCAAUUUUCGGAACAAAGCAUUUGGGAUACAUCUGAUGCUAAAUUUACGAAGGAGCCAUUUAGUUUAUGGGUUAUUGGAGAUGAGUUAGGAACCUUUAUUGUUCGCAGUGGUUUCAAGAAGCCUCCAAAGAGGCUUGCUUUAAAGCUUGCUGAUCGAGAUAUGGCUAGUGGUCCAGAUGAUAUGGUGGUUGACGCAGAAAUCAGAACAUUCUCUGCAGCCCUCUUUGAUGAUUAUGGUGGCUUGAUGGUUCCUCUAUGUAAUGUGUCUUUCAGUGGCAUAACUUUCAAUCUACAUCAAAGGUCUGACUAUCUGAAUUCCAGUGCGACCUUCUCCUUGGCCGCUAGAUCAUACAAUGAUAAGUAUGACUCUUGGGAGCCUCUUUUGGAGCCAGUUGAUGGAUUAUUGAGGUAUCAGUACGACGUGAAUGCUCCUGGUGCAGCUUCGCAGCUUCGUCUUGCAUCUACUGGGGAUUUGAACUUAAAUAUAUCUGUGUGUAAUGCCAACACAAUAUUUCAGGCUUAUGCCAGCUGGAAUAAUCUGAGCAGUGUCAAGGAAUCCUACCAGGAAGCUGUCUCACCAAUUGGAGGAAGCAGGUCCAUCAUUGAUGUUCAUCACAGAAGAAAUUAUUUCAUUAUCCCACAGAAUAAACUUGGUCAGGACAUUUUCAUAAGAGCUACGGAAAUCAGGGGACUACCUAGCAUAACUAAAAUGCCGUCUGGAGAUAGCAAACCAAUUAAAGUACCUGUUGCAAAGAAUAUGUUGGAUUCACACUUGAACGGAAGUCUUUUUGAAAAAGGCAAAUCCAUGUUGACAAUAAUAAUAGCAGAGGCAGAGUUCCAACAGGUUGAAGGCUUGUCUUCUCAUGAGUAUGCAGUAGAAGUCCGUCUUGCUCCAGAUGAGAGUCACCCUAAUCAAUCUCUGUCCACUCAACAAAAUGCACGUACUCGUGGCAAUAACUCAUAUGGUUCUAUAUCUUCUGAUGUAAUCUCAGUGAAAUGGAAUGAAGCAUUUUUCUUCAAAGUUGAUUCACCGGAUUUUUGCAUUCUGGAGCUUGUCGUGAUGGAUAUGGGAAGAGGUGAUAUUGUUGGUUAUUCAUCAGCUCCUCUAAACCAUAUAUCUAGACCCCAGGAGAAUCCAGUGUCUUACAAUAGUUCACUUGAACUCAAUUGGCUAGCAUUGUCCUCUUCGCGGUCUAUGAUGAUGACUAGUGAAGGAAAAGAAAUGAAUUCAUCAGGAAGAAUAAAGUUGGCUGUUUACUUGUCUCCUCAACUUGAAGUUGAAAAGAGUGGGAAGUACUUUAACACUCGGACAAAAUCUGGGUUUAUCCAGAUUAGUCCUACCAGGGAGGGGCCUUGGACUGCUGUGAGGCUGAAUUAUGCUGCACCUGCUGCUUGUUGGCGACUGGGAAAUACUGUUGUUGCCAGUGAAGUGAGCAUAGUUGAUGGAAAUCGAUAUGUCAAUAUUAGAUCUCUAGUUUCAGUUCGUAACGACACCGAAUUUACGCUGGAUUUACAGCUCAUGCUCAGUGCUUUAAAUGAGAAAAAAAGAACAGAUGAUGAUGAGAGAAAAAAGGUUUAUGGUGAUGAAAUUGUGACAGAUGAGUUCUUUGAGACCCAGAAAUAUAAUCGUGAUAUUGGGUGGUUUGACGUUAAUGAGGGGAGAAAUGAAGUUGAGGUUCCAUCAGGCUGGGAAUGGGUUGAUGAAUGGCAUGUAGAUAAGAGUUCUGUGAACACUGCUGAUGGAUGGGUUUAUGCUCCAGAUUUCAAUAGUUUGAAAUGGCCAGAGUCGUCCAAUCCACUAAAAUCUGUAAACUAUGCAAGACAGAGGCGGUGGCUUAGGAAUAGGAAAGGCAAGCCGAGAGAUCCCCAGGCUCAUAUUUAUGUUGGGCCUGUAAGGCCUGGUGAAGUUGUUCCCUUGCCUUUAUCUGUCCUGACCCAUUCUGGACUUUAUGCACUGCAAGUGAGGCCUUCAAACCUGGAAAAAACUGAAGAAUAUUCGUGGAGUUCUGUAAUGGACAUGUCUGGAAACACUCAGGAUCUUGGGAUGCCAGCAGAAAGCUCUGGAAUAUCUGUGUCCAUUCUCAGUGAGUCUGAGAAACUCCUAUACUGCCCUGUAGUUAGUGGAACCUCAUCCAAUAGUAACCGGGGCAUGUGGUUCUGCUUGAGCAUACAAGCAACAGAGAUUGCAAAGGACAUGCACUCUGAUCCUAUUCAAGAUUGGACCCUCGUGAUCAGGCCACCACUUGCGAUUACCAAUUAUCUUCCUCUUACUGCUGAAUAUUCUGUUCUUGAGAUGCAAGUCGAUGGUCAUUUUCUCACUUGCGAUAGAGGGGUAGUCUGUCCUGGUGAAUCUGUCAAGUUUUAUAAUGCCAACAUAAGGAAUCCUCUGUACUUUUCGUUGCUUCCACAAAGAGGAUGGUUGCCAUUACAUGAGGCUAUACUCAUAUCCCAUCCUAAGAAGGCACCUUCAAAGACAAUAAAUCUAAGAAGCUCAAUUUCUGGAAGGAUUGUUCAAGUAAUUGCUGAACAUGUGCAUACCCAUGAAAGGCCUCUGCAAGCAAAGAUCACCAAGGUCUAUGCUCCUUUUUGGCUUUCAGUUGGACGAUGUCCACCUAUUACUUUCAGGCUUAUCGAUUUGAGUGGGCGGACAACAAAGAAGAUUGCUUUCCCUUUUCUAUCUAAAAGGAAUAAUGAACUUGUCCUAGAGGAGAUCUCUGAGGAGGAAAUAUAUGAAGGAAAUACAAUUGCGUCUGUUUUAAACUUCAAGUUACUAGGCCUUUCAGCAUCAAUUAACCUGUCUACUGAGGAGAGUUUUGGUCCUGUUAAAGAUCUUUCUCCGUUGGGUGACAUGGAUGGCUCGCUGGAUUUCUGCGCCUACAGCGCUGAUGGAAAUUGCAUGCGGCUUUUUGUAUCAUCAAAACCUUGCCCUUAUCAAACUGUUCCAACAAAGGUUAUUACAAUUCGACCAUUUGUUACAUUUACCAAUAGACUUGGUCAAGACAUAUUUUUGAGAUUGAGCAGCGAAGAUGAGCCAAAGGUUUUGCGUGCAUCUGAUGCCAGAGUCUCAUUUAUAUAUCGUGACACAGGUGGACCUGAUGAACUCCAGGUCCGACUGGAUGAUACAAAUUGGUCAUUUCCUAUUCAAAUUGUUAAGGAGGACACAGUUCCUCUUGUCUUGAGGAGAAACGAUGGCACGCGAAGAUUUUUGAAGAUGGAAAUUCGUGGCUUUGAGGAGGGGUCACGUUUCAUAGUUGUUUUUCGCCUUGGAUCAACAAGGGGUCCAAUUAGGAUUGAGAACAGGACGAGGAGGAUGGUCAUUAGACUUCGUCAAUCUGGAUUUGGCAAUGAUGCAUGGAUCCAGUUACUGCCUCUUUCAACCACAAACUUUUCAUGGGAGAAUCCCUAUGGCCAAAAACUUAUUGAUGCUGAGAUUUAUAGUGGCGAUAGCUCUAUGGUCUGGAAAUUUGAUUUGGAGAAGUCAGGAUUCUGUUCUGAAUGUGAUGGAUCAGGCUUGCUUUUCCAUGUUAUAGAUAUGGCUGAUGUCAGGGUUGCUAGGUUUAUUGACGAGGGAGCAUGCACUGAACUUUUUAAAGAGCCUUCUAAAUUUGCCUUGUCUGAUUAUUAUGAAAAUCACUUUAUGGUUCCCUAUCAGCGGAUUGUUUUAGUGACUAAUAAACGUGUAAUGCUCCUCCAGUGUGUGUCUGCUGAUAAGAUGGACAUGAAGCCCUGUAAAAUCAUGUGGGAUGUACCUUGGGAAGAACUCAUGGCACUUGAAUUAGCAAAAGCUGGCUACCCUAGACCUUCUCACUUGAUCAUCCAUAUCAAAAAAUUCCGAAGGUCUCAGAAGUUUGUCCGUGUAAUAAAGUGCAACACUGAAGAAGAAACUGAGGUGCCUCAAGCUGUAAGAAUCUGUUCGGUUGUGCGUAAAAUAUGGAAAGCACACCAAGCUGACGUGGCAUGUCUGCAGCUAAAGGUUCCUUCAAGCCAGAGACAUGUAUCCUUUGCUUCAAAUGAUAAUGAUGGAAGAGAUUCGUUUAGCCAGAAAAAGGCCAUAAUUGAAUCAAGGGAGCUGGCUUCCUGGGGUGCUGUCUCUGAUAGAAGAAAAUUUGUUCAUCAUGCUAUCACAUUUUCCAAGGUAUGGAGCAGUGAACGAGAGUUGAAAGGUCGUUGUACAUUGUGCCGGAAGAAUGUUUCAGAAGAUGGUGGAAUCUGUAGUAUUUGGCGCCCUUCCUGUUUACCCGAUGGGUACAUCUCAAUUGGGGAUAUUACUCGUGUUGGUUGUCACCCUCCUAAUGUUUCAGCUGUAUACCGUUAUUCUGACAAGUUGUUCGCCCUCCCAGUCGGUUAUGACCUGGUGUGGAGGAACUGCUCAGAUGACUACACCAAUCCCGUAUCAAUUUGGCAUCCUCGUGCUCCUGAGGGCUUUGUAUCUCCUGGAUGUGUGGCUGUACCUGAUUUUGCUGAGCCGGAACCAAAUGCUGCAUACUGUGUUGCAGAAACAUUGGUUGAGGAGACAGUAUUUGAAGAACAAAAGAUCUGGUCAGCACCAGAUUCAUAUCCCUGGGCAUGUCAUAUCUACCAGGUGCGCAGUGAUGCACUUCAUUUUGUUGCUCUCAGGCAGCCCAGAGAAGAAUCGGAUUGGAAGCCAAUGAGGGUUAUCGAUGACCCACAGCUUCACAUUGAGCUCUAGGAAGUUCGAUUAUAUUCCAGGUACUAACCCAAUAAACAAAGCAGCUUUCUUGAUUUUGCUUUCCCUUUUGGAGAAACGCUGGUUUGUGGCACUGCUUCCAUCAUAAUUGUAUCCAUCUUAAUUGAAAAGUUGUCUUGAGUAGUUUGUAAAGUCAGAACUGUGUAUUCAUGUACAUAAUUGUACCCUUGGGAUCACAAAUCAAUGAUAUGUUACGGAUCUUCCUAAGAGGCUGCUUUCCUCAAUUUUGGAAUGAUAAUUUCGAGAAUUCAAAAGCUCCUUAAAAGCGUAUGGUUA